AUGUAUGCAAACAACGAAGAAUUUAUUACCCUUCAAAAAAUUGAAAAAGAGUUAUAAGCUGAUCCUGUAUUAUUUAAUAUUUGUAAGUAAAUCGUAUAAUAAAAUUCAAGUAAGAUAUCUUUAAACUAGAUAUACGAUUAUUGUAAUUCUUCUUUGAAUUUUUUAAAAUACUUCUAUCAAAUUAAUACUUAAAGGAUGUGAUACAAAAAGCAAUCAAAAUUUUUAAUGCCUUUAUUUAAAAAUCAAAACAGAGAAAUAAAGAUGCUUAAAUUAGUGAUUUAAGUCAUUAUAUCAAUCAGAAGUAUUUCGAUAUUUUAGGUACAAUUUAUCAUAUAUAAAGCUAAUUAUUACGAAAAAGCAGUGAUAGGAGGAAUAGAAGAAGCAAAUAAACACAUCAAUUACAUUUAUUUUAAAAAAAUUGUUAAGGAUUAUAUUGAUUAGCCUUAAAAUUAAAAUCAAUAAUCCGCUAAAUCUAUUCUAACCUUAAUCGAAUAAACCUAUAAAAAUUUUUAAGGUACUACACCCUCAGAUUUUGAAAUAUAACUAUUUGAAAGCUUAAAUCCAGAAGAAUAAGAAUUGUUUGCUUAGAUUGUCAAUGAUGAUCAAAAUAAAGUAGCUAAAAAGUACGAAAGCUUAUUCGAUAAAUUUUUAUUAACCUUAUCAUAAGAUUUUCAAGAUAGAUACAAGGCCUAAAACUGUAGUACUGUGUAUGAAUUCUAUAAGUGUUUACAAAAAUAAAAGGUUGGAGUAGAAAAAGUCUUAGGUUUCAUUUUUUAAGAGAAAUUGAACUAUUAUGUGAAUCAAUAAUAUUUGAAUAUCCAAACUUAGAAGGCGAAAGCUAGAAAAAAUGAUUUACAAAAUAUAUUAAGUGAAUUAGAGAAGAAUGUUUUAGAAUAAAGAAAAGAUUAUUACAGUUUUGUGGAAAUUUAAUAUGUGAAAUACUUUUACAAAAGCAUCAAAGCAAAAAAGUGUUAAUAAAGUCUUUAGUAAAGUUUUUCAUUUAGAAGAAAAUUAUUAGAAUUUAUAAAACAAGAAAUAAAUGCUGCACAAACACCAAAGUAGUGGAAACCAUUCCCUUAAAACAUAUGUUAAGAGAUUUACUAAGAACUUUAUUCAAAUCUAAAUGACAUAAAUAAUUAAGAGGAUGCCAAUUUAUAAUUUAAAAUCAUCCAAUCAAUACAACAAUUGAUGAUUUCCUUCUUCCGUUUUCGAUGGAAUUAUUUAUUUUUAUUUUGUGUAAUUAUCGUCGAAGCCAAUUUUAGUGCUGAUGAAUUAGAUAAUAUGAUUAAUAUUGCUUAUGACAUGAUGACUUCUACAACGAGGAAUAAUUUGAAUAUUCCUUUUGGAAAAAUCUUAAGUAUGUUUAAUGAAAAAGCUAAAACCUAAAUAACCUCUAUAUACUUUGAACGACAAGGAUAAAACUUGGGUUAUGAGUCAUUGCUUUUUGUUGAGAGCUAAUUAAAGUUUAUUAAUAAUAAACUAAUUAAACUAAUUUUGCAAACUAGUUCUUUUUAAAAUAAGGCUAAAAUUUAUGGAGAAUUAAAACAUUUUGAAUUAAAGUUGAUGAGCGAUUGUAGAGAACAUUUAAAAAAUUAUAAAAGAGUUUUUGAAUAAUUGGCAGAUAGUAUUUUGGAGGGAGAAAAAGAAGAGAAAGAAUGGAAAGCUUACUUUUAUAAGACUAUAACAGCUUCUUAUUUUUAAAAGUGGUAUUCCAUUUAUAAGGAAAUACCAAAUUUUGAAAAGGUUAACAUGUAAUAAUUCUGGUUAUAUGCGUUGUCUAUUUAGACAUUGAAAUAGGAUUAUUAAAAUAAAUAGUUAGGGUUGUAUUAGGACAUUUUUGAAAGGGAGGAAAAAAUAUGUAAUAUUUGCAUUCAGUUCAUCUAAAGAGACGUUGAAAAAAUAUGCAUGUAAUUCUAAUAGUUGCAACCCGCUUAAUAGCAAAAUUUAGAGGGCUAUAAGGAACUCAUGCAGAAUUUCAUAGAUAUCUUUCUUAAGGAUAAUCCCUUUAUAAUCUUUUUGCCUUCAUUGUUAAGAGGAAUCCCUUAGAAUAGAUCGAAAUUCCUAAACAUAGAGAAGAUUGAAAGGAUUAAGUUUUUAGCUAUUGCUUUCAAGGAUAAGAGCUAAAGUGAGGUCUAAAAAUUAUUUGAUUGCCUCAAUUUACCUAAGGAUUAGAAUAAUUUUGAAUGGUUAUAUAAGAUUUCGUUGUAGGUCUUUAAUUUCUAUCUACAAUUGAAUAUUCCACCAAAUGAUCCCUCAUAAUUCAAGCCAUUGAAUGAUCCUUUUCCUAAUUUCAAUUCAAUGAAAACUCUUUAUGAUUACAAUACUACAUAGUAUAAUGCGAUUUGCAUAUUUACAAGUAAAUUUUUCUCUUUGGACAAUAAAUUUCAUAUAAAAAAUGAGGAGGUCAUGAAGCCUGACUUUUUAAAAAAGAUAUAUUCAUUAAUGAAUGAUAAAUCUAAUUUUGAAAGUUAAAAUUCCGAUUAGUUAAUACUCUAGAUGACAUAAAACUUUAUGGAAUUCAAAAAUUACAAGUCAUAAUUAAUUAAGGAAGCAUUUUAAAGUGGGGAUCAAGCUUUUAGCAACAAAUGCUUUGAGCUUUUUUAAAAGUGUUUUUUUAAGAAGUCUAUUACUUAAGAAAUGUUGGACUUCAAAAAACUUAAUAAAAUAGCCUUUAAUGAAGUAGAAAAUCAACUAUGUAUCCAAUAAUUUUUGAAUCUGGUCUAUAAUUAGGAAAUUAAGUAGGUGGAUUAAGUUAACAAAAAAAAGGUAGAAGAUUACUUCAAACAAUUGAUUUAAAUUUCUCCUUUGCAGGUCAUUGAGAAAAUGUAAAAAGACUUGGUACAACAAUAAGACAGCUAUCUCAAAGAACUACUUAAAAGAAACUUAUAAAAAUUUAAAGAAGAAUAAGAGAAAUACAUCAAUAAACCUCAGUAGCAGGCGACUUAAGCCAAAUAGUCAAUUCUAUAGACGGCAGUUGUAUAAAAGAAACUAUAAUAAUUAAGAAAUUAAUAUAAAGAUUUUCAAGCUGAAGAUCAAUAGGUUUUGACUUUCCUAAGUGAUUAAUUUAGUUUUUAUAUGAAGAACUUGUUAGGAAAAGUCAUUCAAUCAGUUCUAAUCUAAAAGCCAGGGUAUGAAUUUAAAUUGUACUAAAAUAAAGGUGCCUCUACUAUUGAUACAUAAUCUGUAAAAUACAAAUAAUAGAUGGAGAUGUAAAGAAAAUACGGUCCUCAAAAGAAUCAAUAUAUUGAUUAAUCUUUAUUAGUUAAUACUGAAAAUAAACUUUCAUUAACCUAUGAACUCUGUGAUUACACUCCUAUGUAAAGAUAGGUGGAAUUUAGAAAUUUUCUGUCUGAAAUAGAACCUCAUUAGGAGGACAAAUUAAAAAAUAAAAUUAGAAAAAACAAAUGGAAAGAGGAACAUCCCGAAUUGGAGGAGAUCUUAAAAAAGAGGAUAAAGAGAGGGGCAGAACUCUGGAAUCAAGUGCAGGAUUUCCUAUGUAAAAGAGAAAAUAACGAUUAUAUGGGCGAUUCAGAGGAGGAAUCUGAUAAGGUGAAGGAGCAAUAACAAUAAUAAACUGAUAAUAUCGAUGAUGAUUAAUUGGAUAUGAAAAUACAAGAUAUACAACGAAAUUCAGAACGUCUUUUGAUUGCUGGAAAAACACACAUAAAAACUAGGUUAAUAUUUGCAAUUAGAUUUUUAGAUUGAAUAAUAUGGAAAGCGAUAAUCCUUUGUUGACUCAAAAGGUGAUUACUGUAAAAACUGUUUAAUUUGUGCUAGAAUAACAUCCAUACUUUAGUAGAAGUAGAAUAUUAUAUAAAUCUUAUAUCUUAUGA